GUAUCGAGUUUGCAAGCCAGCACUGGUGGAGCUUUUUCUUCUUUUUGUAAACAUUGCACGAAAAUAGUUUUGUUUUAGGCUGCAGGGCUGACGUGCGCCACCGUGCUUUCGUUACAGCCGUAAGGUUUCGCUCCACACGAAUGCCGACGCAAAUUCCUGCCGCCAACUUUCCCCUUCUGGUGAAACUGAUGUUGUUCAGCGGAGUUUGUUGGACUGUGAGCUCGCCACCCGCUGUGCUCCCAUGUAGUUAGUCAUCCGUGCCUCCCCACCUCAGAAACUGCCUCGUCAUUGUUUCAACCUGACAAUCGUCCACUUCUUACCCAUGUGCCACUGACGACGCGUCGAGAUGUGGAUGAAACCCGAGGAAGUGCUACUAGCGAACGCUCUGUGGGUGACGGAGCAGUCCAAUGCAUUUUUUACGCUGCAGCGGCGGAAGGGACACGGCACCAAGGGACUGUCGUCCGUGCUUGUCGGAACACUAGAUUCAGUCUUUGACAGCAAGCCCGCACCUUACCGCAUCCUUCACCGCACACCAUCUUCGGAAGUCAGUUACGUGGUGGCAACGUCUCUGUUUAGGGAGGAAAUCUUUAAGAACUGGGAAUGGAUCCAGAACAACCUCCUCGACACACUCGGCUCGUUCGACACGGAAGACGAGGCCACUGACUUUGUGUGCUGCAAAAUCGAGAGCCUGGCGGCGCAGCGGGAGAUGAGCUUCCUUGACGCGGGCGAGAGAGACUCUGCCCAGUUCAAAGUGAACGCCACCCACUUUGCCAACCUCUUUGGGCUGCCACCAGAGGAGAAACUAGUCAACUAUUACUCGUGCAGCUUCUGGAAAGGACGCAUCCCGCACCAAGGCUGGCUCUAUCUGAGCAUGCAGCACCUGGGCUUUCACUCCUUCUUCUUCGGACAGACCACCAGGCUCCUGCUCAGGUGGACCGACAUUACGAAUCUCGAAAGGAGCAACAAUGUUUUGUUUCCUGAAAGCAUACUAGUGACCUGCAGGGAAUCUAAGUACUACUUUUCUAUGUUUACCAACAUUGUGGAGACUUUUUCACUCAUGGAGCAGUUGGCAAACUUGGCAAUGAGGCAAUUAAUCUCGGAGGAACACUACGAGGUGGACGAGCAACUAGCGCGGAAGCUGAGUCGAAACGUUCCGAAGAAGCUUCCACACCUGAAGCGGGAUCUGGACGCCAGGGCACAGAGCGAAGCAUACAGAACGACCUUCCGGCUGCCGCUGGAGGAGCGUCUGGACGGAACCCUGGAUUGCAGCCUGUGGACGCCGUACAACAAGCAGUUGGUCCGUGGAAAGCUCUACCUGUCGCCCAACUACGUCUGCUUCGAGAGCAGGGUGAAGAACCUCGUGUGCUUGGUCAUUCCUCUACGAAUGCUGCUCCUAACGGAAAAGGUUGAGAACCACCUGCUUUCAAAUGGGGUGCUACUGACCACCAAGAACAAGAUCAACUUCUCGUUCUCUCAAGUGGAGGGCCGGGACUUCCUGAUCGAGAAGAUCGUCGAGUUGCUCGCCAAACUGCCGCAGCCCAAAGACGUCGGCCACUGUGGAGAUGGCAGUCCCAAGUCGGCAUCUUGUCCGGAGACCCCUUGGAAGCUCGAAGGAUCUCUGGCGAAGUGCUUUGAGCUGCCACGAUCCAAAGAGGCUGAGGCGGCCGAAGUGCUCAAGGAAAAGCAGUGGGAAGAACACUUUGCAGAGUACGGCAGGGGCAUCUGCACCUACCGUACCAGCAAAGCGCAGGAGCUGGUGUUGGCUGGAAUUCCUGACAGUCUGAGGGGAGAGCUGUGGAUGCUUUACUCGGGCGCCAUAAAUGAGAUGGAGGCGAAUCCGGGGUACUACCGGAAGGCAGUGGAGGAGAGUACGGGCAAGCGGACUCUCACGGCGGACGAGAUUGAGCGGGACCUGCACCGUUCCCUGCCCGAGCACCCCGCGUUUCAGAGCCCCUCCGGGAUCAACGCCCUGCGGCGCGUGCUGAACGCCUACGCCUGGCGCAACCCUGCCAUUGGAUACUGCCAGGCCAUGAACAUAGUGGCGUCUGUAUUGCUACUGUACGCCUCAGAAGAAGAGGCCUUCUGGCUCUUGGUGGCACUGUGUGAGCGCCUGCUCCCGGACUACUACAACACCAAGGUGGUCGGAGCACUCAUCGAUCAAGGGGUCCUAGAAGACUUGGCCAAGGACCAUGUGCCAGAUCUGUACAACAAGCUGGACUGCCUGGGAGUUCUGUCCAUGAUUUCCCUCUCAUGGUUCCUCACCAUCUUUCUCAGCGUAAUCCCCUUCGAAUGCGCCGUCAGCAUUGUGGACUGCUUCUUCUACGACGGCGCCAAGGUGGUGUUCCAAGUGGCGCUGGCGGUGCUGGAAGCCAACCAGGAGCGGCUGCUGCGGUGCAAGGACGACGGGGAGGCCAUGAUGGCGCUCUGCGAGUACCUCGAGAACAUCCACAACCCGAUGGCCACGGUUUGCGCCCGGCAGAUACCCGCUUCUGGAAAGGAGCCUGUCGAGAUCUCGACGCUCGUUUACGAGUCGUACAGCAAGUACGGCUUCCUGACGUCCGGCAUGAUCGAGAAGCUUCGUAUCAAACAUAGGCUCAGCGUUGUGCAGGGCCUCCAGGACACAACCAUGAAAAACGUGCUUCGGAGUCUGAGCCUGGAUGCCAGCAUCUCGUCAUACAUGACGCAAAAGGAGCUUUUGGAUCUCGUGGCUCUCAUCAGGGAGCAGCAGCUGUCGCAGCACAGCUGGGGUCGUGGCCCUGCGUCUCCCCCCAACGACCCCAUGUUCACGUACGGGGAGCAGUUCCAUCUGGACCUGGAGCAGUUUGUGCCCUUCUUCGGAGCACUGGGCCCCUGGGGCAUCGGAGAGCGCUCAAGACACCUGGGCCAGAGGGUGUUCCGUCUGCUGGACGACAACGGGGACGGGUGGGUCAGCCUAGCCGAGUUCUGCCGUCUGCUCGGCCUCGUCUGCCGAGGGGACAUGGACGACCGACUGAGGAUCCUCUUUGCGGCGCACCUGGUCACUUGUCCGCCCGAAGACGAGACCGACUCCGUCGCCGCGGAAAGCUCGGUGGACAAGACGGAAGUUGCGACGGAGGCGGAGGAGUAUUUCAGUUCCAUGGACGAACCCGACGACGAAUCUCCGACCCCCAGACCUCGCCAUCAUCCCGAGCUCCUGGACGCAGCGCUCAAGCGGUGUCGGAGUUCGGACGCUGAAAUCGUCUCGUGCUCUGGCAGUUUGUCGACGUGCAAUGUCAACAGCGGGGCCGAAAGUGCCAGCCCAAACCCUAAGGGGAAUGGAUCGAAAUCCUCAGAGUCCAAGGUGCUGCCAAACAUGAAUCAGGAGCAGUUUGUGCAGAUGUGGCAGAGCGUGUACAACCUCUUUGUCGGUCACCCGCAGGAGCAAGAUUUUUACCAUGCUCUGGCGUGCACUGGUACGGAGCUGCUGCAGAUGGGUGAGCUCUUUCAUCAGGAACAGCAUAGGGCAAAAAGCGGCACCGCAAUGUCCUCCGGAGAUUCGGCAGCGUCUUGGGACGUCUCCGGCGCCGUCUCGGCCGAGGUCGCAGACGACGGAGCAGCAUCGUCCACCACCGCCGCAAGCGUGUCUUCGGCCAAGUGGGACGAGCACUGGAACAUCAGCUUCCAGCAGUUCCGCGCCAGCAUGCACAACGACGACCUGCUCGUCUGUUUCUUCGAGGAGAAGGUGGCGCUCUCUGCGGCGCUAGAGGCGUUCCGUAACCGCCGCUUCCAGCAGAAGUCCGCCGUUCCGACGGCCCAGGGACCUGUAAAAGUCUGAUGGCCGACCGUCUGCGGCAGGGACCGUCUUUUCGGGAUGUCGCCGGGGCGUUCUCUUCACCUCAAAAAUAAACUUUGCGUCGCCAAACGCUUAGUCUUCGCCCAAAUGCAGCGCUAUACCCCGUCUCGCACCAAGUUCGGCCGUAGCCGACGCUGCGAUUUUACGGAGUCAUUGAAGCAGCCUCAAAAGUGCCUCGUAAUGGCACUCGUCUCUGCGGAUUUGCCAUCAUUGGUUAAACCAAUCGCGCUCGUAAAGAAACGCAGGAUCACGGCGCCUUCACCCAGCGCGUUGGUGUU